GUAUUUGAGGAUGAAUCUAAAACUUUAGGUCUCACUUGAUCUCCAGGCAAGCAAGAAGUAAGAGUCGUGUGCGCAAAAACAUUGUUCCAAAACUAUGUCCACGCCGCCAUUUGGUUUGCUCACCCACGUGCCCCUAACGGGCGUGGUCUUGUCAUCGCUACUUAUUAGUACGGCCGUGGCCGAUCCCACUUGCAACAUCACGGUCCCACCUCUUGGGAUCGAUUGCCCCACCACCAGCGGAGUCUCAUUCACCUAUGCGGAUCCUGACCACUGCUCCAUGUACUGGGAAUGCUUCAAUCAUUGUUCCAAUCAUCUCAAGUGCAGUGAUGGCAUGUUGUACGAUGCCACCCACAAAUGGUGCAACACCGCUUCAGAUGUGUAUUGUGGAGAGCGGGACUGCGACGGUUUGCCGUGCAAGGAACCACCUACAACAAACCACCCAUGGUCCUUUAUCUGCCCUGAAGAUGGAUAUUAUGCCGAUCCAUUGAACUGCAUCAAAUACUACGUUUGCAGUGCAGGAGUCCCCGAACCAGUCACGUGUCCCAAAGCUUCCAAUGGACAACAGGAAUUUUACAAUGCCGAAGCCGUGUAUUGCGAUUAUCAAGACAGAGUCGAUUGCGGUGAUCGGCCCGUUUGCGAUGAGAACGACGACAACUGCCAUCAAGUGACAACCCCUCCCCCGGGACCUUGCGACUCGAUCACUUGUGGCCCCGAUGGCUGGAUCCCAGAGGGCGAUUGUGCCAAGUGUACCUGCGAAUGUGUGGGUGGCAAUCCUUACGAGAUUUGCUGCGGCCAAGGAUUGUUCUGGAAUCCCUCGUUAAAUGUCUGCGAUUAUCCCAGCAAUAUCGCCGCUUGCCCAGAUUCGAGGAGCUCGUAAAACGUUCCAACUAACUGUCAAGUUCUUUAUUCAUCAGAUACAUUGGCAUGAAUGUAAAUAGAAACAGUGCACAGAUGAGACAA